CAGGCACAUCCCAUUCUUACAGAGAGGGGGACCGCUAGAGACACUCGCAGUGUCCAUGUUUUUCCGUGUCAUCCCCGCACACAAGCCUGCGUGAGUCGUAACCCCAGAAAAGCGUUGCUGAUAUAGCUUAUCGAAGGGAUUUUUUUUACACACUGCACAUUCAAGAGCGGACACUUGGAAGCGACGCAAAGCAAAUUGGCAGUAAAAAAAAAACCCAAACCUUUUUCUAAAAUAUGUGGUCAACAAGCAUCCACUGAAAGAUCUGAUCCUCUCAGAUUGCUGCGAAAAGAUUUUUGUUCGCUUUUUAAGACAAGUGACGGACAUGAUCUGCAAUACAAACUCGUUUUACCCCUAAAGGAACUGAAGCGAGAAUAACUUGAAGAAGUUCUCCUCCAGCGAGCCGCCGGCUCUGAAGCUCAACACGGACACCAGCAGUUUUCUAACCCGCAUUGAAAGCUGCAUAAUCGAGGCGAGACGGCGACCUCAGUCGAUUAUCUCUCCUUCCUUUGCUAUCCCAUGGAUAUUCACUGCAAAGCAGACCCAUUCACGGCGAUGCACCGGCAUGGGGGUGUGAACCAGCUCGGAGGGGUGUUUGUGAACGGCAGACCCCUACCUGACGUGGUUCGGCAGAGGAUCGUGGAGCUGGCACACCAAGGGGUCAGACCGUGUGACAUCUCCAGGCAGCUCCGGGUCAGCCAUGGCUGUGUCAGCAAAAUUCUCGGCAGAUACUACGAAACUGGCAGUAUUAAACCUGGAGUUAUUGGCGGUUCCAAACCAAAAGUUGCCACUCCGAAAGUAGUGGAUAAAAUUGCAGAAUAUAAGCGGCAGAACCCCACCAUGUUCGCCUGGGAGAUCAGAGACCGACUUCUCGCCGAAGGCGUGUGUGACAACGACACGGUUCCGAGCGUAUCCUCAAUCAACAGGAUAAUACGGACUAAAGUUCAGCAGCCCUUUCAUCCAUCUCCAGACGGGACAGGAACUUCCCUCACCACAGCAGGACAUACUAUAGUGCCUAGCACAGCCUCCCCACCUGUAUCAAGUGCUUCGAAUGACCCGGUGGGCUCUUACUCCAUUAACGGCAUCCUUGGAAUCCCUCGCUCUAACGGCGAAAAGAGAAAACGCGAUGAUGUUCUCUGGAGUGGCAACCACUUGGAUGGGAGGAAAAUAGGAUAUUAUGGCUCAGAUGGCUCUGGCCCAAACAGUGAUUCUCAGGGUAGUGUGGAGAGUUUACGAAAGCACCUGAGGGCUGAUGCCUUUACUCAACAGCAGCUGGAGGCUCUGGACCGGGUGUUUGAGCGGCCAUCGUACCCUGACGUCUUCCCAACAUCAGAGCACAUCAAGCCAGAGCAGGCUAAUGAAUACUCACUACCAGCACUGAACCCGGGACUGGAUGAGGUCAAGCCCAGCCUAUCCACCAGCGCCAGCUCCGAACUGGGCUCCAGCGUUUCCCAGAGCUACCCAGUAGUGACAGGUCGAGACAUGGCCAGCACAACUCUCCCAGGUUACCCCCCUCACGUCCCCCCCACUGGGCAAGGCAGCUACCCCACCUCAACACUUGCUGGAAUGGUUCCUGGAAGUGAUUUUUCAGGAAACCCCUACUCCCAUCCACAAUACACAACCUACAAUGAAGCUUGGAGAUUCAGCAACCCUGCACUAUUAAGUUCCCCUUAUUAUUAUAGUGCCGCGUCCCGGGGCUCGGCCCCUCCCACUGCUGCCACUGCCUAUGACCGCCACUAGUUACCAUGGCAACCACGUCACUCUGCAGCAACACAACCAUGACCCACGUAUCGCACCAGUGUGAACAGUGUUACGGUCCAACGUGGCCAUUCAGCGUGGCUCAACCAUCUUCAGUUUUGCGGGGUCAGACUGAGAUUAGGAGGGUCAAGCAGCCGUGAAUUUUCCCUCCUGCAUUUCUUGGACGCACCCCACUUCAAUCAUCGCUGUCUGAGCCCCUGUUUUUCAACUCUCUGAACAAUGACUGUAAGAUUUCCGUAAAGACUCUGAAAGAUUAUACAAAAUCUAUAUAUAUUAUAAAAUAUAAAACAAACAAACCGUGUGAAAAUACAAAAGUUAACGUGAUUUUUUUUGUUGUUGUUGUUGUUUGUUUAUUUUUCAUCAAUCAUUGCAUUCCUUUACAUACUGAACAUAGAACCAACAACCACGUAUUAAAAAAGGCAAUUUGAGAUUUGCCAGUGUCUAAACCUCUCAUGGACUGCUCAGUUAUGCAAGACGCGCAGUUAUUAGAAAGAUGAGCACCGUAGAAGAAAGCAUCAGUUCAAACUCUUUAUCAUAAUGUCCAGUUCAAUAAUCAAGUGUAACAAUAUCGAAAGGCUUACAUCAUGUUCUGUGAGACACAAUCAUUUAAAAAAAAAUCUGAGUGGUAAGAAUUAAAUGGUAGCGAAUGGCCUAAAGAUAAAUUAAUUUCUUGAGUUAGAGUUGUAUUUGUUUUUACAAUUUCUUUUGUUACAUACACAAGAUUAUAACAGGUUUCUGUUCAGGUGCUACAUCACAACCAACAUCAUGCUUUGCUCCUUUUUGCACUAUUUUAUUACAAAAUUUCAAUGUCAAUGAGCAAGCAAUGGUCGUCCAAUGAAAUGUUUAAACAUGUAAAACUUAUGCUAUAUUGGACAGAACAUCAGAAAAUAUUUUAACACAUUAAACUAUUGCUUCUACUUAUAAACAAUUUUUUUUCUUUUUGUUAAUGGUUUAUAAAUGUUAUAAGAAGGUGACGUGCUCUUAUGACAUAUUACUGGGCCAUUAUCAUCUGUACUAAACAGAGUCUUACUAUUAAAUUAUUUUUAUAUUUUUACAUCAACAUACAGUACUGCUCGUGUUCAACAGAAAAUUGAUUUCUACCUUCAUGUCGACACAAGUGACACUCCUAGUGCUGCCUUACAACUUUCUUAAGAUGUGAGUUAAAACUGGCUCCGGUCCUGAGAGGUAGAUAUGCAAGUAACACAGCUUUUGUGUUUUAGACCAAUGUUUCUAGGUGGGACAUUUAAAUGCGUGAAAAACAUCCAUUCCAUCAUCUCCUGAAAAUGUAAAGUGAAUGUACUUUUACCACAUUUGCCAAAGACUUAGUUUGAUAUUUAAUAUUUUAUUUGCAGUAUCUGUAUGCAUUAAUAAAGCAGUAUUAUGUUUUAAUAGUAGUCAACACUGAUUCUAUGUGGUAAUGUUAAACAAAACACAAAACUCCAUCAAAUGCACAUUACAGUGUACACACACACACACACACACACACACAAGGUGUAUUCCGUUACGUCAAUGUUACGUCAUUUGCAACAAACUGCUGCUUUGUAGAAUUUGUGUAUUAUGUGAAGACAAUUCUUCAAUGUAUAUAAGAUCAUCUACAUCUGACCAUUGCAGUAUCGUAGUAAUUUACUGAUUUCAUUUGUAGAUAUGCAAAUUGAAAGAAAAGAAAAAAAAAGAUUACAUACAUUUGUGUCUUAGGUGUUGUGCUUGAAACAAAAGUGCAACAAAAAUUGAAACCUGGCAAUUAUUACUGUAGGUUUCAAAUGCUACCCAUCACAUGUAUGACUGGUUGUAUGUUUGGUUCAGUUUUUUCCUGACUUGUUCAUAUUUUUUUAAGUCGCUAUGCAAAUGAAGUAAAUGGCUUUCUGUAUUCUCUUUUACUUCUGUGUUCAAUUUUUCCAUUUAAUUCCAGAUGAUCCCUCUAUCUCUUAUUGAUGGUGACCCUAUACAAAUUACACUUAGGUUUUAUAAAGGCCUGGUUUUGUGGGUUGUCCUUACACGUUGUCCAACUAUCCAUGCACAAUGGAGCCAAGUACAAACUGUGACACUGACGCGGGGGUGAUUGUCAUAGUGGCAUGGAGAGACAAAAUUUCAGACUCUUUUACACACAGAGAGAGACACACAGCAAAACAUACAAAUCAUUAUGACAACAGGAACAAUAGCAAUUACAAAUAAAAGUGUGAAUGUUGUUACAAAUAAAAGUUAAAACUUUGUCGUCUCACUUAGAAUGAAGACCUUUCUGUCCUACUCAUUGCAAACUGUUUUUCUAUUUCUUUUUUUGUCUUUUUUUUUAAAGGCAGAAAUGAUCUGCAUCAGCAGAGCAAGGUAGAGGGCAUGGUCUUUCUCCCCUUGUUAAGAUAAUGCAUCAUGGACAUAACAAUUUCUGAUGGAAACCUAAAACUAAAGCCAUGUGGCCUCAACCAUUGCUCUGAUCCACUU